GUAAUGGCUAAACUGGAUGAUUUUCUCACAAAGAAAAAAGAAAAUGCUCCCAUUCUGGACUUGUCGAGAACUGUGGCUACUACCAACGAGGAGUUCAGACGAAUGCUGGAAAAAGUACCCGAUUUUAAAAUGAAAGCCGAAAAAGUUCCGACAGACACAAUCAAAAUAAGAGACAAAAAGUUCAAAUUCAAGUCGGGAAAGAAAGAUCUAAAAGCAAUGAGAGAAUCUUAUACAUUUAUGGACCCACUGCCUGCAGAAAUGAACAAACUAAAAAUAAGCGAACUCGCAUCGGUCUCUAUAGAUUGGAAGAUGUUGACCACUUUGAAACCCAAGAGCAAAAUCGAAGAAAAUUAUUUUUCGAGAUUAGUUGAACUGGGAAAAUUAGAAAUAAAAACCAGAGCUUAUGAAAAACGACAAAUGGCCAUUGACCCACAGAUAAGAAAAACUAAAAACAAGGCUGGCAUUGUAGAAAUGAGAGUUGUCUCCUGCGCGGAAUGUGGAGAGGAUUUUUGCAAUGGUAAAACAUGUUGUGCUUUUGGUUAUGAUGCAUCAGCUCGUGUUCCUGAACUACCCAAGGCAAACACUAAAGUUCUUUCCCCUGGUUCAGAGGAAAAAGGAAAACGCAAAGUUAAAAGGAAAACAAGAUCAAAGAGUAAAUCGAAAAAAUCCGGUGGAAAAACAAAAUCUCCAAAGAGAAGUCCGUCAAAAAAUAAAAAAAGUGCAAAAUCUGGAUAAUAAAUUGUUUUUAUACA